AUGCAAAAGAGCCACAUUUCUCAAGCCAUUGGUGCUUCAAUUCCAAAUAAUACUCCUCAUGCUGUGUCUGUUACACUUCCAACAUGGGAAGCUACCGUUGGCUACGAGCAGGGACAGGAUUGGGUUGUUCAGAAGAUGCAUUCUGGGUAUCCGCGUUUCUUCAUUCACUCUAAAAUUCAAGAACUAUGUGACCUACUAGAGCAGACAUAUGCUCUGGAUGAUGAGCGAUGCUUUAUUUAUCCAACGUACAAUGUUGCGAAGCGUUGUAGAAACUUCAUCAAAGCAAGGACUACACUUCCUCAGGUUAAUAUCCGUAUUCUUCAGUUGAGUUCUCCUGCCCCCAAAACCGUUGAGGAAGCAUCCUAUCGUGUGGAGUCUGACAUUGCCGUUGUAUUCUUUCCCUCUAGUGAAUACCCCUUGGCCAAAGAGUACUGGCAACACUCUGGUGAAGGCAUCUCUUCGCGUCAUGCAGAAUACUUCCUUACAGAGAUGACGGAUAAGCUUAAAAAUGAUAUCAGGUUGAAAAAGAACCUUCAAAAUACCCCGGACUCCCGCAAAAUGUCUCCUCACCCUUACAACAGUUCGCAUUCUCCGAUAAACGGAAGCGCUGGGAGUAGGUCCUCGAGAUCUUCGAGAUCGUCCGGAAGACACAGUACUAUCAAUACCCCCAUUGCCAACAACCCAGAGUUUGUUUCAUUUAUUGAGGAACGAUUUGGCCGGAAUCUCGAUUUGAGCUUUGCCAAAGAUGCCAAGAAAUUACUCCGUGAGAGAAUCGCCGACCAGUCUGAAGAUCAGUAUACUAACUCCGAUCUUGUCUACCUAUUUCCUUCUGGAAUGGCUUCUAUUUUCAACGCUCAUCAAGUUCUUCUCAAUACUAUACAGGACCAUAAGGAGUGCAAAUCUGUUUGCUUCGGCUUCCCAUACGUUGACACUCUUAACAUCUUGCGUAAAUGGGGUGCUGGCGUUCACUUCUACGGCUAUGGAGAUGACGAGUCAAUGGACGAAUUAGAGAAGCGCCUUGAAGGAGGCGAACAGAUUUUAGGUCUAUUCUGUGAGUGUCCAUCCAAUCCAAUGUUGACUACACCUGAUUUAAAGAGGAUCCAUGCUUUGAGUGAGAAGUACAACUUUGCUGUUGUUGUUGACGACACUGUAGGAAAUCCAUCGAACAUCGAAGCUCUCGUGUAUGCAGAUUUUGUGGUUUCGUCGUUGACCAAGGUGUUUUCUGGUGAUUCCAAUGUGAUGGCAGGUUCCAUGGUUCUCAACAAGCAGUCUAGGUACUAUGGGGUGUUUAAAAAAUACCUUGACGAGAACUUUGAGGACUGUUUCUGGGACCAGGAUGCCAUUUUCCUGGAAAGAAACUCUAGAGAUUUUGUUCGUCGUUCGAAGGAGAUGAAUUCGAAUGCUUUAGCCGUCUUGAAACUAUUUGAAGAAUCUCCUUUGAUUGAUAAGAUAUUUUAUCCAUUCAUAGCCAAAUCUAGAAAAUACUAUGAUGCUUUGAAAAAACCGGAUGGAGGAUACGGUGCACUUAUGUCGAUCAUUUUCAAUGAUCCUACGGAUGCAGUUUGCUUCUUCAAUAGUGUUCGAUUAUCCAAAGGUCCUUCACUUGGAACAAACUUUACAUUGGUUUGUCCAUAUGCUAUAUUGGCACACUAUCAAGAAUUAGACGAGGUUGAAAAAUGGGGAGUUGAUAGAAACCUGGUUAGAUUAAGUAUUGGAAUGGAGCCUCAAAAGGAACUCAUUGAGAUAUUAGAGGAGGCUCUUGACAUUGCGAAGGAGCAGCAUGAAAUAUGA